UCACAGACAUGUUUUAACCAUUCCUUUGCCUCGCGCGUUCCGUUCAUAACAAGAAUCUCACCUCUGCAGCAGCACGACGGAAAAUUUAUGAACUUAACAAGCAGGAACGGCAAGGAAGGGUACGGAUGUAAUAAGGUUAAGCUCUUCGACUGUUUCGAAAACGGGGAAAUAUAACUAAAUAUGGCAAAAGUAAUCGCGCAAAUGGUAAAGUACACCGCAAGGACGUUCCCUCAUGUCUCAAGAGAAACGGUAUUUACACGUUUUCCACCAAAAGCAUCAUUAGUCGUUUCACGUUCCAUCACUACCACUCGAUGCUUGAACGCCGUCAGACUGUAUACAGAAAAACAUGAAUGGAUAACAAUUGAUGGUAAAGUGGGCAUAGUUGGAAUAUCUAAUUAUGCGCAAGAAGCAUUAGGCGACGUUGUUUACGCACAACUUCCAGACGUAGGAGCUACAAUUGAAAAAGAAGCCGAAUGUGGAGCAUUAGAAUCAGUGAAAGCUGCUUCUGAACUGUUUAGUCCUGUUAGUGGGAAGGUAAUAGAAAAGAAUGAAGACGUUGAGAAAACACCUGGCUUAGUCAACUCUUCCUGUUACGAAAAAGGAUGGUUGUUUAAGGUAGAGAUAAAUAAUCCUGAGGAACUAAAAAAUCUAAUGAGUGAAGAGACAUAUAAUGAAUAUUUAAAAUCUGAUAAAUCAUAAAUAUAUUGAGUUUACAAUAUGUAAAUAAUUUAGUAACGAUAUAAUUUUUAUUGUUUUUCUUAAUUAGCCAUCGUCAGUGGAGAAACUAUCAAAAUUGUUCUUAUUUAUUGUAAAUUAUACAGCAAAAACUAUGCACAUAAAGAUGUUAGUAUUUGAUAUUACAUUAUAUCAAUCAAAAUAUAAAACAAAUUAGUUUUCAGUUGAUUUUUUAAACAUGAAGUAAACAUAUUUCGAACAGAACGAAUUCGUGAUUGGUUUGAUUACAAUAAGGAGUUAGUACUUUUACAAAUAUAACUAAAAGUGAUUUGCUUUUAAAUCAGAAGGAGGCACAUUUCUAUAUGUGAGAUUAGUCUGUGUGUUCAAUGAAACGAAUGCAAUGUAUAUUCGAAAAAUCGUAAAUUAAGAAUAUCAAGCUAAGUGCAGUAGUUAGCUGACAUCUUUAUUAACCACUGUGCAUUUUUUUUAAAUCUUUUUACCAUAUUUGUACAAAGCAAACAAAUGUUUUAAUAUACAUGUUAUUUAUAUAUACGAAUGACACAGUUGUUACAAAUCAUAAUAAAACCUUCUGUUGUACAUAAACGCAUUUAAAUUAUGUAGUAAAUUGUACAUAUUGUGAAAAGAUUGAAGGAUCUGAAAUAGUAUUUGCAAGUUUCUGAAAA